AUGCAAAUAAGCAAGCGUGGUGGAAAUAAUCGUUUCCCUUUCUCAUUAUAUGGAUUUAUAAACACAUGCCUAAAGUCUCUGGUGGUUGAAAAAUAUGGUGAAGAAAUAUGGGAAAAUUUAAGAGUCCAAACUGGAGUACAGGAUACUUUUUUUACUUUUGAAGUUUAUAAAGAUGAGAUCACAAUGCAACUAAUUGACAAGGCAUGCAAAAUGCUAGAUGUUUCCCCAGAUAUGGUCCUGAAACAAUUUGGAGAAUAUUUCUUUGAAUUCUGUAAACAGUCAGGUUAUGACCAUAUGCUGAGAACACUGGGAGGAAAUCUGUAUGAAUUUAUAGAGAACCUGGAUGCAUUACACAGUUACCUUAGUCUGUCUUACCAGGAAAUGAACGCUCCUUCCUUUAGGGUAGAAAAGAAUGAAGAUGGGUCAAUGUAUUUGCAUUAUUAUUCAGACAGAAGAGGCUUAUGCCACAUAGUUCCAGGAAUCAUUGGUGCAGCAGCUUUGGACUUUUUCAAUACUGAAAUUUCCAUGGAAAUCGUCAAUCAGACAGAAGAAGAAGAAAGAACAGGAAAAAAAGAACACAUUAUAUUUCUUGUAACACAAAAGCCUGUAUUUUCAUACAAAAGAAGAAACAAGUUCUCUUCCUCACCACAUCACCUUCCAAAUUCUGGAGUUCAGGCAGAAAAAAGGCUGAAUAAAGAGGAACUUGAAAGAACCAUGAAUAAAAUCAGAGAUAAAACAAGUCUCAUUCCUGUCAAAAGGAGCCACUGGGAAACAAUCAGAGGAAUUGUGACAAUAGGAAAAGGUCGACUUCUUAGAGGAUUUGAUCCUGUCUAUCCUAGGACCCUCUGGAUUGACCCAAAGACGUUUUGCAUUGGGCUUCCUUUCCAUAUUGUUUUUGAUGAACAGCUUAGAGUGAAACAAGCUGGAGUUAGUAUUCAAAAGAUUGUGCCUGGCCUUCAAACACUGGGCAUCCGUCUCAAUCAGUACUUCACUAUCGUACGCCCUGAAGUGAAAUUUACCAUCUCCAGUGUUCAGAGAUUUAUCAACAGCCAAUUUGUUUUCCGGACCAAGAGAGAGAUGAUGCCAGACUCCUGGAAGCAGCGUCCUAUGUUGGAGCUAAGAGGGCAGAUGAUCUGGAUGGAGUCUGUUCAGUGCAUGCUGUACCUUUGCUCCCCUCUGCUGCGUACAUUGCAUGAGUUGGAGGAAAGGCACAUGCACAUUUCUGACAUAGCUCCCCAUGACGUCACCAGAGAUUUGAUCCUGCUCAACCAACAGCGGCUGGCAGAGAUGGAGCUCUCCAAUCAACUGGAGAGGAAGAAAGAGGAGCUGCGGGUCCUGUCUAAACAUCUGGAGGAAGAAAAAAAGAAAACAGAAGCCCUCCUGUAUGCCAUGCUGCCUAAACAUGUUGCCAACCAGCUCAAAGAGGGGAAACGAGUUGAGGCAGGAGAAUUCAAAGAAUGUACUAUAUUAUUCAGUGAUGUUGUGACUUUUACCAACAUUUGUGCCCAAUGUGAGCCUAUUCAGAUAGUCCUCAUGUUAAAUGCAAUGUAUCUACGAUUUGACAGGCUAACCACAGUACAUGACGUCUACAAGGUGGAAACCAUAGGGGACGCCUACAUGGUUGUAGGGGGUGUCCCUGUGCCUGUAUCAACCCAUGCUGAACGGAUUGCCAACUUUGCCCUGGGAAUGAUCAUAGCAGCCAAAGACAUAAAAAACCCAGUUUCUGGAAAUCCAAUUCAAAUUAGGGUUGGGAUCCACACAGGGUCUGUCCUUGCAGGGGUUGUUGGUGAAAAAAUGCCACGUUACUGCUUGUUUGGAGAUACAGUGAAUAUAGCAUCCCGGAUGGAGAGCCAUGGAGUACCAAACAAAAUUCACCUCAGUGGCAGUGUUUAUCAGUGCCUCAAAGAGAAGAAUUUUGACAUUAUGGAAAGAGGAGAAAUUGAUGUGAAGGGCAAAGGGAAGAUGCACACAUAUUUUCUGGUCCAAAAUACAAUUGCAUCUGAGAAUGAGAUCAUGGGAAGGCCAACUAAAGAUGCUGGCCUCAGCCACGAAUCUUCCCAGUUGUCUCAAGAUUGCAAGGUUGAUGGAUUGCAACACUCAUUCUCACAAGAUGUCCCACUAAAUUCAGACAAGGAAUUGCCUCCUAUCGUAGCAAUGAAAUAUGCAGACAGUCCUCUAGAAACCCACACCAAUGUUAAAGGAAGACAUGAAUCAAGAACAAAGGAUUUAACAGGCAAAUCGCAUGAUGCAGAGACCUAUGCAAGUCUCCAUGGUGACCCGCAGCCAAACCAAAAUCCAUAUAAUUUCAUACAAGGAAGACACAGGCCAGCUGCAGAGACACCACGGAUCCGGAAUGUCAGAUCUAAUUUCUGUAAUUUGCUUUAAUGUUAAAGUUGGAGUGUUUCUGUGUCCUAUGUUAUUAUAUUUCAUUG